CGCCGCAUCAUCAAGCGUGCGCGUCGGCUGCUCUCCGUGCGUUCGAGUGCUUCAAGGGGACACCAGCAGGGUGCAGACAUGAGCUACUGUGCACAAUAAUGUGAAGGAGAUUUCAAAAAAUAAUUAUAAAAUAAACUCUGGUCUUUUAUGGAAGUGGGGGGGGGGGGCGCGAGGCUGCUUAAUGAUAUUGAUGUCAUGGGAACAACACGGGGGUGAUCGCCCCCUCCCCCAAACUAAAAACGAAGGCGUGCGUUCACACGCGCGCGAGUGAGGAGCGAGCGAGUGAGCGAGCUCACACCGCGGACUGCGCGCGCUUCCACAGAUGCCUCGGCGGCGAGAAAGCGCGGAUGUGUUUCGCACCUCCUCCUUUGACUUUUUUUUGUGAUGCUCUCCCCCCCUAAGUGGCAACAAUCCCACCGCCACCGCCGGAGGAAGGAUGAUGACUGUGACGAGCUUAUUGGGCGGAUCAGCUGUUCGGUGGUGGACGGAUGAGAUGCGCACUUGACCAGCAUCACUUCGUCACUCUCUUUCUUUCCUUUCCUUUUUUUUUUUUCCCCUUUGCGAACGCGCGUGCGUCCACUCUCUCAUUUGGAAGGACGCCAGCAUCACCGGAACCUCGCAAGUUGGCGCCGAUGAAUUCUGACAUUGUCAAGCAUCAACUAAUCGAUCCUCAAAAGAGAGAAGGAGAAAAAAAAAAGUGGGGAGGACUUGGAAUUUUAAUGAUUCCCCCUUAUGAAUAUGCAAUUCGGCGCGUUUGACUCUGCUCGGUCCAGCUUCACGCCUCUCUUUCUUUUUUUAAGCAGCAGAAGCUGCAGCAGGGACUGAUUCUUGCUGAUUUCCUCUUUUUUCUUUUCUUUUUUUUUUUUUUUGUCCAUGCAAGACCUGCAGUGGAAACAUGUCUGGCCACUUCCCUGAGAGGACCCCCGUUGUCAGAGAUGGCAUUCUGGUCCGGCACUGUCGCCUCUAAAGUGCCCCGGAAGAUCUUGUUCAUGUUCACCCUCUCCCUGUCCGUCACCUACUUGUUCUACAGCUUGAUGAGCUGUUACAACUCGCUGCAGUUCCCGCUGCAGGACAACUUCGCCUACCAGGCUCGGUCGGCCGGCACCGAAGAAACCACGCUGGUGAGGGACCAACUUUACUCCACCUCGGCCGGCUUUGCCGAGGCUCAGUUCGGCCGCAGGAGCACGGCGGUCUCCAUCGUGGACCGGGAGGAGGGCGGGGAUCAUGCCUGGACAGGGACGCAGCGGGCGUCCGCCACCGAGUCGACCGCCCUCCGGGCGGCCACGGAGGGCGACCUGCAGGUCAACUGCACCUCGGAUUACGGAGAGAAGAAGCUGCCGCAAGCCAUCAUUAUCGGGGUGAAGAAAGGGGGAACCCGAGCCCUGCUGGAGGCGCUCAGGGUGCAUCCGGACGUCCGGGCCGUCGGCAACGAGCCGCACUUCUUCGACAGGAACUACGAGAAGGGUCUGGACUGGUAUCGAGACCUGAUGCCUUCAACGCUGGAGGGGCAGAUCACCAUGGAGAAGACCCCCAGUUACUUUGUGACCAACCAAGCUCCCAAGCGCAUCCACACCAUGGCCAGGGACAUCAAACUCAUUAUCGUGGUGCGUAAUCCCGUCACCAGAGCCAUUUCGGACUACACGCAAACUCUGUCCAAGAAACCCGAGAUCCCGACCUUUGAGGUUCUCGCCUUCAAAAACCGAACCCUGGGGCUCAUAGAUGCUUCGUGGAGCGCUCUGCGCAUCGGAAUAUACGCGCUGCACCUGGAGAGCUGGAUGCAGUACUUCCCUCUUUCCCAAAUGCACUUUGUCAGCGGCGAGAGGCUCAUCGUGGACCCCGCGGGCGAGAUGGCCAAAGUCCAGGACUUUUUGGGCCUCAAGAGGAUCGUCACAGACAAACACUUUUACUUCAACAAGACGAAAGGUUUCCCUUGUCUGAAGAAGCCCGAGGACAGCAGCACUCCCCGCUGUCUGGGCAAGUCCAAAGGGAGAACUCACCCCAAAAUCGAGCCGGACGUCAUUCGGCGACUGCACAAGUUCUACAAGCCCUUUAAUAUGAUGUUCUACCAAAUGACAGGCCAGAACUUUGAAUGGGAGCAACAGGAAGAGAGCAUAUCUCGAGGUUCUCUGGUCUAACAAGGACCUGUCACCACAAGCCUUCUCGAUGAAAUAAAAACACUCCUCUUCUGUUCCGUGUUCAGAGGGCAUGCUUGGACACAAUCACGGCACUUUCCGUUUGCCCCCCCCACUCCCGCCCCCCCCUUCAAAACUAACGUUGCCGAUGAUGGCUGGCAGAUAACUAUUGUACAUACCAAAACAUCAAAUAUAUUUAUAUUUGUGAAAAAGAGAUGAUCUUUUUGUUUGUUUUCAAAGCAUAAUGUUGACUUUUUUUUUUCUUUAUGAUAACUCACAGAAGUAUGUGACGUCAUGACAUGGUGGUGACACUGGCUAACCCGCAAAAAAAAAAAAAAAAGUUUAUCGUUACAAUAAAAUGACUACUGCCAACCUCUGAAGUGACAAGGCAACGCAAUUCAACCGUGCUGUUAUUUUCAACGAGUCCCACUUCUGACCCGAUCGUCAAAAUGGGAGUGGUAAUAUUUCUGUCAAUUCAAGAAGCCAUUACACUUUGAGCGAUGGCGUCCGUCUGCCAGCUGUAUGACGGGAGCUGAAGGCAAACGUCAAAGAGCAAGUUAAAUGUUCCAUAAACUUCAGGGAUUAUUGCUGAUGUCCAUAUAUCAGCUAGAGAACCAUAUUGAUUUUGAAAAGCACCAGUAUUGUGGUCCAGAGGUCUUAAGUCACUCUUUGACUCAACGUAUUUAUUUCAAAUUAUAUGCAACAGAGAUACGUAAGGUCAAGUAUUAUGUUACUUUCUUUUUUUUUGAUCAACUUGACAACAUGUGAUUGAAAUGUUAAAUUUGCAAGCAUUAAGUCCUAUUUUUGCUCAUUUCCGAAUGAGAAUGUAAUUUCACUGCACAUGGGCCGAUAGAUAUUUAAAUGCAACGGUUAAAUGGAAAGUUUUAGUGGUUUCCAAAGCGUGACAUUUCAAAACCUCAUCAGCUGGCCCGCUAGCCCUGUGAGGAUGAAUGUGAACUACUAUUGGUUCAAAGAAAUGUUAGCUCAUGGAACAAAUAGAACAAUUGUGCUUGUAAAUGGAAGUCAACGCUUCUGAUAAUGUUUUUAUGCCGGCCUCACCAUCACUGGCUAAAGGUGAGGAUUACAAUGCUUGCUGAUGAGUUCUUAAAGUGUCCUUACCUCUCACUUUCAUUCCUUAGCACCUAAAACCAGAAAUUUCCAUGUGUCCUUCCUUUGGGAG